AUGACGAUGACGACGACGACGACGACGACGACGACGACGACGACGACGACAAAGGCUGAUCACCACCGAUUUACCAAUGGCAAUCGCUCGACGCCCAGCUUACCUCGGCUUCCCCACUACUUCUCUUCGAUGGUCGGCUCUUACCAGCGCUCCGCCUCACCAGCGGCCGACGCAGCAGGACUGGUGUGCAUUCUCCAAGUGAUACAGCACAAUACCAUGUCGCCCCUCUCGGGCUUCCAGGCCAAUGUGCCCCCCGAUUACGCUUCCGUCGAGGAAGGCCAAGUCUCAGGAGGUCCUCUGCUUCCCUCCACCGAAGCGCAAAGGCUCCUACUGUACCGUCUGGGUGCACUCGGUACUGACAAGAUGCUCAGCACCGCUUAG